GUCCUGGCCAGAUCUUGAAGCAUCGUCUCCCCCGAGCCUCGCCAGUUCAGGUUGUUCGUUCGUAUCAUUCUCUAAUUUUUGUUCGAUGUGAUAGCUUGUUUAUGGUUGUUUGAGCGUUCUCAUCUUUCCGUAUAUGUAUAUCAACAGUCGCAUCGAUCUAGGUCUGGGGUUAACUCAGAGCCUAACCUUUCAUCAGGCUCAUGAGGCGGUUGCCUCAGGCCCAUGAAUAUUUGAUGCCCAUGAAUAUUUGAUGCCCAUGAUUAUUUGAUUAUUUGGGGGCCAUAAAAUUGGGAACCAUCCCUCUUUGUAAGGGCGCACUGUCCAGCUGCCCUCCUCCUCCCCCUCUGCAAACCUGGCUCGCCCUGCCCUUCUCCCUCUCUCGCUUUCGCGCUGCCCUGCCCAGCCUCUCUCUCGCUCCGUCACGCCCGGCUUCGCCCUCGCUCUCGCCUCUCGCCUCUCGCUUCUCGCCUGCUUCGUCGACCGUCGCUCAUUGCCUCUCUCUCGCUCCAUCGCUCGGUCCGUCGGUCGCUCGCCCUCUCCGGCUCGCCUCGCCCUCGCGGCCGGUGGGCUGUGGUCGCUCUCCGUCGCUCGCUUCCUCUCUCUCGCCCGCCGACUCGCCCUCGUGGCCGGUGGCUCGCUGCUCUUGCCGUCUUGCGUCUUGCCUCUUGCUCCGUCGCUCGCUGUCGCUGGUCGCUCGCUGCCUCUCGAUUGCCGAUUGGCUCAUCACUCAUCAGUCAUCACUAAUCAGAUUCAGCCUUUCAGAUCUGCUUCUCAGCGGCUCCUGACUCCAGUCUUCAGAUCUGCUUCCAACUUUCUUUCUGUCCGACUUCUUAAUCAGCGGCCCAAAAUCUCAAAUAAGGCAAAGGCACUGGGUUUACCAGUUCCAUUCCAACCGUUUUGUCAUCAUUCUGAUGGCAGUGUUGUUUGUUUGGCCAAAAAGUGACGGUUCUGAGAACUGAGGCGUCCGGAUUCUGUGGAGGUUUAGAACUCGAAGAUGACGAGGGAAGAAGCAGAGAGUGGAAGAGAUGAGAUGCUUAUCGAUGAGCCUGAACAGCCACCAGAAAACGCUCUUCCCGAUGGAUUCAACGCGAAUUACCUCAGGCUUUAUUAUGCGAAGCUUUUUCCUCAUGCUGAUAUAUUUAAAUGGAUGUCUUAUGGAAAUGAUGGAAAGCAUCCUGCUUGUGACCAGUCAUACCUUGGGCGAAGAGAGUUCUCUUUCACCUUGGAUAAUGAUAUCUAUCUGCGGUUUCAAUCCUUCUACUGUGCAUCUGAACUGGAAAGUUCUAUCAAAGAGAAGUGCCCAGUCAAAAUAGAUAUUGGACCCGUGUACAAUGUAGAUCCUGCUAAGAGGCAUGCUUAUGCCCAAUCUGGUGAUAAUGGUUUCACUCCAGUUGAGAGGGAGCUAAUUUUUGAUAUAGAUAUAACAGAUUAUGAUGAUGUUAGAUAUUGCUGCUCAGGUGCUGAAGUUUGCUUAGACUGCUGGCCACUAAUGACAGUUGCUAUUAAAGUGAUUGAUUGUGCCCUCAGAGAUGAUUUUGGAUUCAACCACAUUCUUUGGGUGUACAGUGGCCGGCGUGGGGUCCAUUGUUGGGUUUGUGAUGGAAAAGCAAGAAGAUUGAAUAAUGAACAGAGGGCAGCUAUUGCUGAUUAUUUUCGUGUAUACAAGGGCAAUGAGAAUUGUCGUAAAAAGGUUUCUCUAACGGGCAAUUCUCUUCACCCUUUCCUUGCGAGAUCAUACUCUGAUGUUUUAAAAAAUUUCUUUGAGGAGAAAUUGGUUCGAACUCAAAAAUUGUUCUCAAAUGAGGAAAGAUUUGAGAAGAUAUUGGAGAUGAUCCCUGAUGAAUCUAUUACUUCAGAGCUUAGGGGUAAGUGGCAGGAAAACAGGCGUUCUUCCAAUUUGAAAGAAGAGAUAGAUUUUGUUCGAUGGGGCCAACUUAAACAUAUGUGUGGAAAACAUAAGGCACAGGGGGUUCGCAGGUGUGUUGAAGAAAUUGUGUUCUGCUAUACCUAUCCUAGGCUUGAUAUGGAGGUUUCCAAACAUAUGAACCAUUUGUUGAAGGCACCAUUCUGCGUACACCCAAAAACAGGUCGUGUAUGUGUUCCUAUUGACCCAAAGCAUUGUGAAGAAUUCAAUCCAACAACUGUACCAACCCUUUCUAAGCUUCUUGGAGAGCUUAACAUGGGAAAUCUGAGAGUUGAUGGUGAUGAUGAAUUGGAUAGAACAUCACUUGGAAAAUCUGUCAGAUAUUUCAGAUCAUCUUUCUUACAGCCUCUACUAAAGGCAUGCAAGGAGGAAAUAGAAAGUUCGUACAAUGCAAAACUCCGGGAGUCAAAAAAUUCACUAAGCUGGUAGGCUCAACUCCGUUGCCUCUGCUGGUUUCCCAGUUACUGUUAUUGCGUCAUGCUGGCCCCGUUCAGUUCUACAAGUAAAAGGUGCCGUGGUUCUUAUAGACUGAUAGAUAGGCCUCAAAGAAAGCAUAUAUAUAUAGAUAUAUAUAUAUAUAUCGCUGACUUGGCUCUGUUCAUUAAUAAUGAUACCAGAAAGAAGAGAUAAAGAGUUACAGUGCCAACAAAUAGUGUUGUGGACCACAACACAAUAGAAUAGCCUCUUUUGAGCUUUCAUCAAGUGAAGCCAUGGGCAGGAAGGGGCUGGUUUAAGAGACGUGGCUUCACUCCCACUUCAUAACAUCUAAAGUUGAUAUUUGUCAUAUCUCUUAAAAAGCUUAUCCUGAAUGCCCUUAUAUAUAUAUAUAUAUAUUCACUUUGAUUACUUACUCAUUUUAGAAUGCUUGAAUUCAAGAUUGGAGCUCUAUUCUUGGGAUUUUUUGCCCCUAUAUAAUAUUUGGUAUGAUUCAAUAAAAUAUCAACAUUAGAAGCACGAAAGGCUUCUAAAUAUACAAAUUGUGAUGGCAGUUAAUACUUGUUCCAUAUGUGUAAUUUAAGCUAUAGAUUGUGUACUAAUAGUAAAGUCUCAU